CAUCUUGACCUGCUUCAACCAAUCCAGACAAGGAAUCCUUCUGCUCAGGGUGAAACAGAAGGGUCUGUAAUGGUUAUUGCAGCAGGUUUCUUCAUGCACAUCUGGAUUUGACCUGGACCUACUAUUUUUCUCUCUGAAAGUGAAAAAUUGAGUACAGCAGCCGAUUUUCUCAGUCUUGAGAAAUUUUGUUCUACCUACAUCAUGGAAAAGCUUAUGCUUUUGUAUAUAUUUUUAUUCUACUGGCAUUUCCUAAAUGCUUUAUUCACAGUUGAAGCUCCCCAGUCACUCUACAUUGUGGAACAUGGGAACAAUGUGACCAUGGAAUGCACAUUUCCAGUGAAUGGGAAGUUAAAGUUUAGAGAUUUAAGUGUCAGCUGGGAAAAGAAAGAUGAGUUAAAGAAGCAGGUUUACGUACUUCUCAAAGGAGAGGAAGACUUCAGAAGUCAGCACAGUGACUUUAAGGGAAGAAUAAGAUUGUUGAAAGAGAAUCUGAAACUGGGACAGUCUCUCCUUCAGAUCACUGAUGUGAAGCUCAGAGAUGCAGGGUUUUACCAGUGCGUUAUUGGCUACGGGGGAGCUGACUACAAGACAAUCAAUCUGAAAGUAAAGGCUCCCUAUAGGACUAUAACUCAAAGAGUGGUGAGCACAGGAGACAACGAAUGGAAGUUGACAUGCCAGUCAGAAGGACACCCACAAGCUGAAGUGAUAUGGCAAAACAGAGAAUACGAAGAUUUGACUGACAAGGCAAACACGAGUUAUGAAACUGGAAGUGACCAGCUGUAUCGUGUGACAAGCACCCUUACCAUCGAAAGUAGAACUGAUGAGAUUUUUUACUGUAUAUUCUGGAAUAAAGAGCUGCAAGAAAAUACAUCUGCCAUUUUACACAUAACAGAUUCAGCUGAUGCUGUUCUGUGGCCUGAGAGCAGACGGUUUGUUGGGGCAUUUCUCAUUGUGACUGCCUUCUCUGGAUCAGUGCCUCUAUUUAUGCUCUGCAUAAGAAAAGCUAGAGUAAAUAAGGACCACAGAACACCUGUGGCUAAUUCAGCAACAGCAGAGCUGUCAAAAGAUACAGAUACACAUGACUACAGAGAUGCUUCUUUUGAAGGCAAAGAGCUGAAAUAUAUACAAAUUGAGAAGACCUAAAGAAAGUAGGGGAAGAUCUUUUCCUCUCUGGUGAAAGUUUGACAGCUCAGAUGUCCUGUGUCCUGUCUAUUAAGGGGGAUAUUCAUUUUUUUUUUUGUUUUAUUCUGUAAUGGCAAUAUUCUUUCAUGUUUUAACUCAGAAAAAACUGCAAUUGUUAUAAUAUGAAAAGUCCUUGGAGUUUCUGCUUUCUUAAAUUUAUGCACUUUUAGUAAAAAAUAUCUCUAAGAUAAAGCACUUUAUGAUCAUAAUGAAUUUCAUAUUUACUUCUUGAAUAGGGCAUCUUCUGGGUUUUUUUGGUUUGUUUUGUUUUGUUCCCCCCUCCCUCCCCCUUACCCCUGCUUCCCAACAUGCUUUUUGAGGCCACAGUCUGAGUGCCACUGAAGGAGAUGGCCAAUUUUUAUUUAUUCCUGGAGUGCAAGAAUGGCUUUGGAAAUAUAAGGGCCAUUUGUGAAAAAACCACUGACUCUCAGCAAUACACAAACAUAGUUUCAUAUCAUCACACAAUUCCCCUUCCAGACAACCUCUUCAUUUUCUACUUCCUCUUUGAGACUGCAACAGCUAUUUGCAUAUUAAAGUAAAAGUGAAAAGUCUGC